AUGUUUCAAUUAGAUGCUCUUAUUGAUACAUCUGUUUUACCAUCAAAUGUAAUGUCAUUACGUGAUGAUAAAUUUAUUGAUCUUGUUAAAGCAGAAGCCGGUGAUGGUGCUGCAGCUCUACUUGAAAUUCAAGGUAUUAAUUGCGUAAAGUCAUUGUUGAUGACAUCUAAUAUUUAUUCUAUUAUGGACGUGAAGAGUAAAAGUCUAGAUGGUUUCAAAAAUAAGUAUGGUUAUAUGCAAGACGAUGGUACAUUUGUUAUACAACCUGGAAUAAAAGGAAAUACCGAAUAUCUUAUUGAUUUGUUAAAAAAGAAAUGUAUUGAAGAUGCCAAAGAAGCUAAAUCUUCAAAAUAUUGUCAAUCAUCAUCGUCAACAAUAGCAAAAUCAACAUCAUCUGUUCCAUUAAAUAGUUCACCAGAAAAAAUAUCAACCAAAUGUUCUAAUUUAUCAGUUGGUCAACAUAAAACAUAUAUUAUUGAUACAUUGAAUAGCUGGUGCAAAAACAAUAAAUCAAAAUUUAAUUUAUCACAAUUAUCUUUAAUUGAAGGUCAACAUUAUUUUAUUUCGUUUUUUAAUGAUCCAAGUGGUGCGUUAAAAUGUGAUAUAAAGUGCUGUUGCGAAAAAUGGUCAUCAUUAACAUUAAGACGUGGAAAAUUUCAAUUGUCAAAUUUCUAUCGUCAUCUUCAAGGUUUAAGUAAUGUAUGUUCCGAAUUGGAAAAAAUGAUAAAUAAUCCUCAAUUACAAUUACCAUCAUCAACAAAUACUCAACAAUCAUUACCAACAUCAGAUAAUGUACCUCAGCAAGUCGUAUCACCAACUUUUAUAUCUAUUAUACCACCAUCAAAUACAACUCAACCAAAUUCAUAUUUAUCCACAGUAUCUUCGAUCUCAAUAUCAACAGAUAAUGAUGAAAACAUUAUGCAACAAUCAUCAUCAUUAAAAACUAAAAAACAAGUGAAAAGAAAAGUUCAAACUAUAGAACCUUCAUAUAACACAAGAGAACCAGCAAAAAGAAUGAGAAGAAGAUAA